AUGCCCUUUAAUCAAGAAUCAUUUUCCAACAACAAAGAUGGUCAAGAACUCCCCCCGAGUGAAAAUUCGGUCCCUGCGAACAUUGUCAAUGAUCUUCAUGCAUACGUGUUCAGCACUAGUCCCAAAGAACCUGUUCACGGCGUCCGUACUUCUCCGGAAAACGGGACCCAGGCCACCAAACGUGUCGAAGAAGGCAUGCGUCAGAUGGUGUCUGAACUCAACGCGGUGAAAGAGACACUUUCAAAAUCAGCUACCAUGCUAGCCAACCGAAUUGAGCCAGCCAACCCCACCAAUGACGUCCUCGACCGUAUCACCACCGUGCCUAGAUACUUCCCUGAUUUACAAGAGGAGACUUAUUCCUUCAUAAACGACAUGAGCUUUGACGAUAGAGCCCUCUUAUCGUCAACAACCAUAGACAGAAAUGAAGCGUACCAAAGCACGUGCAGGGAUCUUCUAUCUUACGAGAGCCGCAUCAUCAAAGAAUUACUGACCGCCGACAAAUCAGUUUUCUCAAAGACCUAUGAAAGUGUGGAGAGAAUUGAGAAAACGCUUUUCGAAAACCGGAACUACCGACAGCUAAACUCAAAAGCGAUUCAAAAGCGCAUCAAAAGGAUUAAAUGCGAGAUGGCUAUUGAAUUGGUGGAAAAAAACGCUCGGGGUCAUACUAAGACAGCCCAACCUUCUACCUCCCGCGCAGCCCAACCUUCGACCUCCCGUGGCCAAGACGUACAGGCCACUCGAGCAAACAAAUGA